GACUGUGUAGAGGGAGCUUUACUCUGUCUCUGACUCGUGUUGUGGUUGACCAGGGAGUGUGGACGGACAGCAUAGAGGGAGAUUUACUUAGUCUCUAACCGGUGCUGUGGCUGACCUGGGCGUGCUGACUGAUACAAAGGGAGAGUGUUCAAAUUACCAGCACUGACAUCCACGACGACUGGAAAAUCACACCGGAUUUUACUGAGCCAGGAACGCUUAUUAAAACAGCACGUCACGGAACAGAACGACGUCUGAAUGAGCAGAAGCCUGGCCCGGGACACAGGGAAAGAACAUGGUUCGGAAAAUCGCUAAGGGGAAGAAGAAAGGAGAGGCUGGUUCUCAGAGUGAGCGUCAUCGAAAGAGCGCCCGGAAAUCGGGAAAAGGGAAGCGGAAAAAGAAAGGGAAGAGGAGAGACGGUGGGGGUGCUGAUUCCUCAUUGCCAGAGAGCUCUCCGCAGAGCCAGGCUCAGGUUGUGUUGGAUGAGACACAGGCCUCUGCUGGGAAGGUGUCAUUGGACAUUAUUGCAGAGAUAACAGAAUACGAAGCUUCUAGGGUGAGAAUGCCAACGGUGCCCACCCGCCUGGCUCUCUCGAGGCAGAUCAGCCGUUUCCAGCUGCCCAUGGACAUCAAGACACUGGAGACUCUGUCACCUCAGGACUACCUGAUGAAAUACUGCAUUGUCUGCAAGAGACGGCAAGUUCACUACAAGAAAUCGUUUGACAAGUUUGACAAGGACAGAGACGGAAUUCUCUCGUUCCAGGAGAUGGAGAAGGCACUGAUCGACGUUUACUUCAACACCAUCACCUCCCGGGACGUCAGGCGAGUGACGGAGCUCCUGCUCGCCGACGAGAGCACAAGAUUCACUCACAAACUCUUCAUCCCGCUCUGUGCUCUCUCCGAGCGCCUCCUCUACACAAUGUUUGAGCCCGAGGACAGGGAAGACAAUGAGUACAGGGAGAAGCCCACGGUGGAAGAGGCUGACGUGUGGGGCUUGAACUGGAAAUUUCAAGGCUGCGAAAUCAGUGAUGAUGUAAAGAGACUGAUCUCCGUGCUUUAGAAGCUGCGACUAAUGCACCGUAUGAGGAAACAUGGCCAGUCCUGCCAAUGGUGUUUCCAGUAACUGG